AUGCGGGCCUCCAACCUCUUGUCGACUCUGGCGGCCUUUGCCGUCCUGGCCACGCCUGUGCUGGCCCAGAAGAAGGACUCUUCCUCGAGCUCUGCGACCUCGUCGCCCUCAUCGUCACCCUCAUCAUCGCCCACAUCAUCGCCCACAUCGUCACCCUCGUCAUCGCCCACAUCAUCGCCCACAUCGUCGCCCACAUCGUCGCCCUCGUCAUCGCCCUCCCCAUCGCCCUCCCAAACUGCCGACGACUCGGGUCCUACUGGUCUGCCCACGCUGACCAAACCAGGCGGCAGUAUCCCGACAUACCCAGCUCCCAGCGUGCCGCCCACCAAAGAUGCCCCCUUCAUGAAGCACUCCAGCGCGCCAGACGGAACCGUCUUCAUCGCCGUUGGUGCCAUCCUCGGCGCAUUUGGCCUCGGCGUUCUCCUCUGGCGCGUCAUCGUCAGCUUCCUGCUCCAUCGCUCUGUCCGCCGCGCCGCCCUGGCCCAGCACGAAGCCAACAACAAGACUGGUUUCCCAGCACCUCCCGCGCCCUUCUACAAGUACUCGGAUCAUGCCUCUCCUGCUGCGCCUUCAAGCGGCCGCGGCGCUCGUCGCACCAACCGAAACACCAUGACCCCAUCUGCCGCUCCCAGCCAGUCCAACCUGUUCUUCUCGCCCACGGCUGCCGGCUCCAGCGCCCCAGGCGCUCGCGGCUCGGCUUUCCUGCCCUCUGGAUUCUACGCUGCCGGAAACUCGUCUCCUGGCGGACAGCAAGGCCCUUCUAUCAGCUUGACUAAUCUGCGACCCGAGUCGACGAGCUACGUCAACGGCUCAAGGAACUCGCUCAUGGGCCCAUCGCCUCCCGACUCUCCUCACUUUUCACCGCGAAGAGACAUGAGCAGCAGCUCUGUCAACCUCAACACUCGUCAACCGGGCCAGCGGGCUCCAAGUGCCUAUCUUGAAGACUUGCUUGCCGAUGAGCCUGGUAGCCUUCCUCCGCCUCAAAUGCCGCCCAACAGAGCCAGUGGCAGUGGCAGCCCUCGGGGCAGCCCUCGAAACCGAUACUAA